UCUCGCAUCUGUUCACGAUCGCCUUGUCGGCUUCUCUGACGAUGGCAGUGGUCACAAAAUGGAACGCUUGGAGGCCCCUCUGGACCUCGUCGCUGGUGUAUUGGAGGCGGUACAGCUCCGAGCUUGGCAUGUUUGGUUGCCGACAGGUGCAUGUCUCUCAUUGUUGCCGAUCAAUUGGUCGUCCAGUCCUACAGUCUUGGCCGCUUGGAUAAGCGACUUUCGCCAUGAGUCAUCCCCAUGGCCGCGACUCUCCCCUUCGAGACGCGGGGCAUUGACUGUUACUCUCUUCAUGUGGCUACGGCUGUAGCCGUCGAGGAAUUAUCCAUUUCCUCGAAUCACGGGUAUCUCACCUGGGUGGUUUAACCCCCUCGCUUCCCCGUAGUCCGGUCCUAUGCCCGGGCUCACUCCGGCUGGUCCAACAGGGUUCGCUCUCGAUCUGCUGGCCCAGCCGCCUUCCAGCAGCUGCCGUGGUCUUUGCCCACCAUCUCUCGCUUGCUGCUGGAGGAAUCCCCCGCCUCCGCCGUGCGGCUGCAGGGGCUAUGGUUGGCCUUCGGGGGCAGCAACCCAGCCGCCCCUACUGGCUGCAUCCGCCACGACGUUGCCAGGCUCCUUCUUCACCGACUCCUCCACCAGGGCCGCCAAUUGCGAAAUCUGCAGUUGCAAACUUGCGAGCUCUGCAUCGCGGCCUUCCUGCACCGGCGGGCGGAUCAGUUCUCCGCUUGUAGCAGUGCGCUCUUCGUCUCCAGCAGAGCUCAUCCCAAUGUGGCUUCCCCCGAGGGCCAACAACUCUAGAGUGUUCGCGGCCUACGCCACUUAUUUAUCGGGUGAGACUGUUUUGGUGAUGUAUUAGCUUCACAAGAGGUAGACGACCGUCCUUCACACGGACGAAAGAGGGAGUGCUCAAAGAGCUCCCACAGCAAGGAGGGGCCUCGUGAAUCAUCGCGGUGCCCCCUACCAAACGACAAUUUUACCAGUCUGCGUGACACCAAAUCAUCGAGCACAUGUGUCCAACACCAAUGUUCGCAGACCCACGAACAUGCCGCAAUCAGCUGGAUGCGGCAAGACCCGGAAGAAGUGAUCGCUCUUCGGGAUGUGGUAACCAACGAGGAGAUCAAUGCCAGGCCAUCGGACAGCAGUGAGUCAACUCUGCGCUUUCAGUUGUAUCGUGUGUGUCUGCGAAUGGCGGAGCGGCCACGGCUGCGUCGUCCGCCAACACUGCCAAGCGGUCACAGGUGCUUGCAGACGACGAGCUGCUAGCUAUUGCCGGAGGGAUGGCCAGCCUGGGCGGUUCGAGCCAGGGGGCGUUUCGCCACAUCGUCACGUUUUUGUAAACGGCACGGCUAUUUGGGACAACGUUGUCCCAAAUUUUUAUUUGAGACAACACGUCUAACUUGGCGUAGAAAGCUCGGAUCGACCUCAAACCAAGUUUGUUGUAAUCCUACUGGACACAGCUUUCACGGAAUGUAUUUUGAGUCCACAACGGAGCCGGGGCCGAGGAGAUAGAGCCUAAAAAGGGGCUCCUUGUUAUGGAGGAAAACGUGGUAAACGGGCGAUCGUUGGUGUACGUACGCAUGCUCUCGCUCAGGCAGGCGGGUAGCCUCGGGC